AGCGUCGAAGGGACCGAUGAAGACGAGGCUUACCUCAUCACCGAGGCGUCCACGGAGAGGAGGAGCGUGACUACGGUGAACCAGCUGGCUCAUGCUCUCCACAUGGAUCCCACUCUGGACUCGGGUACGCUGGUCAAAGUCUUCUGGCCUAAAAGUCGCUGCGCUCUGCUGAGAGACGACUUGGUGCUCAUGGACAGCCCUGGGACCGAUGUCACCCUGGAGUUGGACAGCUGGAUCGAUAAGUUCUGUUUGGACGCAGACGUCUUUGUUCUGGUGGGAAAUGCAGAGUCCACUCUGAUGAACACGGAAAAACUUUUCUUUCACAAAGUCAGCGAAAAAAUCUCCAAACCGAACAUCUUCAUUCUCCACAACAGAUGGGACGCUUCAGUGACCGAACCAGACUACAUCGAAGAGGUGAGGAACCAGCACCUGGACCGCUGCGUGGGGUUCCUCGCUGACGAGCUGAAGGUGGUCGGCCUGGAUGACGCCGCGGGGCGGAUCUUCUUCGUCUCAGCUAAAGAGGUUCUGAGCGCCAGGAUGCAGCGAGCACAGGGCAUGCCUGAGACAGGGGGCGCUCUGGCUGAGGGUUUCCACGAGAGGCUGAGAGAGUUCCAGAGGUUUGAGAGGACGUUUGAGAAGCUGCUGCAGCACGUGGAGGAGCGGCUCAUCGGCGGUUUGGGUCACCGCUGCUCUGUCGGCGUCCUCAGAGACAUCAGAGACGUCCAAAGUCACAUGAUCGACGCCGUCCGUCCUCUGCUGUCGCCGGCUCUGCAGGAGCAGCUCUCCACUCCCUCCGCCUCCUUCGAGCUGACCUACGACCUCGGCCUCGCCGCCCUGUGUGCAGACUUUCAGGAGAACAUCGACUUCCGGUUUUCUCUGGGCUGGACCGCCCUCGUCACCCGCUUCAUCGGUGCCGCGAACGCCAAACGAGCGCUGAGUGGCGCCGACCGCGCGCAGAAGGAACGCUCCAGCUUCAGGGAUGAAAUGGUGGUUUCCAUAGCAACGGGUCUGGUCUCCGUCACAUCCAGGGCGUCCAUGACGGUGCUGGUGAUCGGCGGAGUGGUGUGGCGUUCAGUGGGCUGGCGUCUCAUCGCCCUCUCUGUCUCUCUGUAUGGUCUCCUCUACCUGUACGAGAAACUCACCUGGACCGAUGCCAGCAGGGAGCGCGCUCUGAAGCAGCAGUUUGUCGAGCACGCCGCUCAGCGCCUGAGACCCAUCGUCCCCGUCGCCAGCAGCGCCUGCAGCCAUCAGGUGUGCAAGGAGCUGUUGUCCACCUUCAGCCGUCUGACUCAGAGGGUGGAGCUGAGUGACGCUGAGCUGGAGGGAAACAUCCGUCAGCUGAGCUUCAGGAUCCAGAGACUGGAGAACAUCCAGAGGCGUUCCAAGGCCUUCAGGAACAGAGCCACCGAGCUGGAGACUCAGCUGGAGGUCUUUUCGGUUCAGUACCUGCAGGAAAACUAAAGAAGAAGAACUGCUGCUGUGGGGAAGCUCCUGGCCAAUCAGAAGUGUGGAGAGUCCUGAGGUAUCGCUCAUCGCCCAGCGUUAACACCGACAGUCGCAUGAAUCCCAGACAGCUGCUCAGGUGACCUUCGUCACCAACCAACACAACAGAGGACAGCUUACCACUGAGGGCUGAACAGGAAGCAGCAGGAGACCCUGAGUCGACGCUUUUGCUUUAGAAUCAAGGGUCAAAGUUCGUCUGUAGGCUCGUACAGUCCGGCCUUCAUGAGCAGCUGAUGAGAACACGCUCCUGAAUCUUUGGCUCCACCUUCAGGCCGUCUCCUGAGGUGGUGAGUGGAUGCUCCGCCUUCGCCGCGACCACAAACAGUCUGAUUGAACCUCAGCAGCUUAUCUCACACCAGCUUCUAAUAUCUCAUCAUGUGACUGUGAUUAGACGUAUUGAUCAGUGAUA